AUGGAUGAACUCUCGACAGUCGUAGACCAGGUUGAGGACCUCAUCAAGGUGUCCUAUUCGAGAGCAUUACAGCGAAUCAGAAGUCUCCGGGAUGAAGUAGCUCAUCUUGAGACAGUUACUUAUCUAGAAAAGUGCCGUGAAUGUGACGAACUCGCGGAAACUGUGAAGUCCCGUCAGAAGGAGCUCGAGGAAACCUUGGCCGAUGCCAAAGAGAACCAAGUCAACCUGUGGAACACAACGCACAAUGAAGAACUCUCCUUAGAAGAUACAGCCAAGAAGGAAAGCGGCGCGGAUAACUUCAGCUCGUCAUCAGCGUCUGCUCAUCCGCCCUGUCAUCAGAGCACUGAGUCUCUCGAGACUAAAUGCCAAGCGUUCAAGGAUGCCUUCGGCUUGUCUCUUGAAUUCAUUGGACCAUCAGUGGUGAGAGUGCGGUUGGACAAUGUGGAGGGCUGCGACGACUCCCUGGUGUUCGUACUCGCCCGAGAUGAGAAGACUCAGAAGUAUUUCGUAUCCAGUUGCAUGCCUCGGGUCACGCUGCUCGACAAGCUUGUUGCGAAUCUCAACUGCCGUAUGCCGCCAUGCACGAGUCUUGGAGGCUUCUUGGUGACCGUGAGGGAGAAGUACCGGGCAAUGUACGGCAAGAGAUGA